AUGUUCCAAGCAGAACUCAAAGAAUUUGAGAGGAGAGUUUACACCACGGCCAAAGACUAUGGAGAAGUCUCAGACCGAAAAUUUGAAGGCAUCACCAAAAUUCUGGAUCUCUAUCACCAAGCCAUGGUAGUUUUAGAAAAGGAAGUCUCUCAGAGUUUUGAGGAUUUACUCUCUCACCCACCAUCUCCUCCUCACCCUGAGCCUACACCACCUACUUCACCUAUACCCACCUCUCCUGUUUCUACCUCACUAUCUGUACCCUCUACCUCUCCCACCCUUCCUGCUACCUUAGCUCUUAUCACUGUUCCACAGCCAAUCCCUUCUUUGCACUUUCCACCCUUCUCUCCACUUUCUCAACUUCCCCUUCUUCCUAUUCCACUUCCCAUGCCUACUGUUUCUAUUCCUUCCCCUUCUGCUGAUGCUGACAAAAAGGGGGAGAAGGACUCUUCCUACUUUAGUUUCUUGUUUUUACUAUUGUUUAUGACAGUUAUGUACUUUGUUUUAUUUUGA